AUGACUCUCCAAGACUUUGACGAGUGCAGAGCUUCUAUUGGGGUGUGUAGUAAUGUCAAUGCCGAAUGCCGGAACACUUUCGGCUCUUAUCGCUGUUCCUGUAAAACUGGUUUUACUGGAAAUGGAAUUACAUGUACAGGUAAACAAUCCUAGAGACUCUAUUCGUAUCGUUGACUGGAUUUGAAUCUCAUAACAGAUAGUCACACUUGAGUUCUUUACAUGGAUACACGGCUACUCGUCGUGAUUCUAAAACUACUGAACGCAAUGCCAUGGGGAAAACAGGUAAUUUAGUGUUAACAACUAAGUUGAAAAUGUAAAUUAGCCACCGUAAAGGCUAAAAAAGCUGACAUUUCGAGCGUUAGCCCUUCGUUAGCCCUUCCAAUCGCUCUGACAAAGGGAUAACGUUCGUAACGUCAGCUUUUUUACCCAUUACGGUGGCUAAUUUACGUUUUCAACUUAGUUGUUAACACUAAAUUACCUGUUAUACUUCCCACCGAUGCAGCACCACAGUUUCUUUAGAAACUUACCCACUUUAUAUUUACGAUCUUCCUUUGAAAGUUACAAAAUUUGUCACAAAAGGAAGCAAAAAAAAUUCGCCUUCCUAUGAGGAAGAAAGCCCUUGUUGUAAUUUCCUAAAAUAGUCUUAGAAAAAAGUGAAUCCUGAUAUCUUCUUUUUUCACAGAUGACGACGAAUGUGACGCUUCCCCAUUUUUGUGUGAUACCAACGCCGUUUGUCAUAACACCCCUGGCUCUUAUCGUUGUGCCUGCAAAAUUGGAUUUUUUGGAAAUGGACAAACUUGUGAACGUAAGAAUGUUUGGAUCGUGAGGGAGGGCUCAUCUUUCCAGACAAAGAGGCAAACAGACAGAAGGAAUAAUUACUUGACUGACUGACUUGCCAACUGUUAAACUUAUUACUUUUUAACAUUUUGAUGUCAAUUUACAUUUUUCAUUGUUUUUUUUGUCAUGUAUAGUAGACGAUCUAGUUUCUUUUUAUUUCUGUUGCUAGCUGGAUUUGGAGCCGGUGGAAGAAGAGGACGCUUUGGCAGUAUACAGACCCGCUAUCUCAUCAAAGCCUGGGGAGCUCGGGGAGGAACACAUUCAUACAAUUAUGGAUACCUUCCAGGAACAUACAAUGGUGGAAAGGGAGCGUUUAAAGAAGGCAAGUUCAGACUGAAUAAUGGAACAGUGUUAAAUAUUGUGGUGGGACAAAGAGGAGGAGAUUCGGUGGAGGUUGAAGGCGGACAAAGUACAAGCCAGACCGCAGCUCAACUUCGAAAAUCCGUGGAGGACAAUGCUGGCACUGGAGGAGGGGGAGGAAGUUUUGUUUACACUACAGAUAAUGUUCUGGUGCUGGCUGCCGGAGGAGGAGGGGGUGCGUCGGGUGGGUAUAAUGGUGUGGAUGGUCAGGCGGGAUCAAGUGGCACCAGUAGUGAGGGGAAAGAUUCGUCACAAGUUCGUAAUGGAGGUACAGAUGGGCAGCCAGGUGAAUGCAAUAGCGAGGGCGCCAGCUACCAUGGAGGAGUAGGUGCAGGUUGGUUUGGUCAAGGUUGUGCCCGACUAGGCUCCUCCCAUGGGGAAAGAGGUGGAUCACGUGCUCAACGCUGGAUCGGAGGUCAAGCCGGAAGUAUGAAUAGCGGUAAUAAUGGGGGCCCUGCACCAGGAGCAGUUGGUGGGUUUGGAGGCGGGGGAGGAGGUUCAGAAGAUAAUGGGGCAUCAGGCGGAGGUGAUGGAUACUCUGGGGGAGGCAGUGGUACUCAUAAGCACCAAGCCGGGGGUGGAGGGGGCUCGUACUGCAGUGGUGAAGACUGUUCAGGUUUGUCUGGUGGGAACAUAAAAGAUGACGGUGCUGUGCAAAUUAAUGAAUGGCUGGGCUGA